GCCGGAAGUGACGUUCAGCCGGUAAACAGACGUUUCAGGGAAAGUUUCUUCAGAUGUUGAGACCCUACAGACUUCUUCAUGAGUGCGCAGGUGUGUGUGUUGUACUUCGCUAAGAGCGUGGAGCUGACUGGACUGAAGGAGGAGGAGUUUGUUGCUGUGCCGACACCAAUCAGCAGCCGGGACCUCUGGAGGCUGUUGUUACAGCGACACCCAAGACUCUCUCUCCUGCAGCAUCAGGUGGUGUUGGCGGUGCGUCAGCAGUACGUUGCCAUCGGCGACCAGGUGGUAACCCUGGAAGACGGGGACGAGGUCGCCGUGGUGCCACCGCUCAGCGGAGGAUAAACACAAGCA